GGCCUGUGCAAUCAUUCUCGGUGUCUCUCUAAGCAUAAUGGCUGAAAUUGUCCUUGCUCUCGUAUCCCCUUUCAUACAGGAUGCAGUUACCAGAGCAAUUUCGUUUGCAGGUGAAAAAAUCAGCCUCGAUUGGGAUUUCGAGAAGGAGCUGAGGGAGCUUGCUAUGUUGCUAGCUAUGAUUCAAGAAGUGCUCAAAGAUGCUGAGAAGAAACAGGAAAGCAACCAAGCUGUAAGGCUUUGGUUACAGCAUCUUGCAGAUGUAGCUUAUGAUGCAGUAGAUGUGCUGGAUGAGUACGCUUAUGAGGUCCUUAAGCACAAAGCCAAGACUCAAGGCCAGAGGGGGAAACAUGUGAGCUCUUCGUCUCGUCUCUCCCAGACUCAAGGCCAAAGGAGGACACAGGAUUUUGUCAUUGCAAAGGAUGAUUUAAUUCAACUCUGGAUGGCUCAAGGGUUUGUUCAUGGAUCUAAUGAAAGCCUUGUGAAAAUGGAGGAUACUGGUAAUGAGUAUUUCAAUGAGUUGUUAUCUAGUGCUUUAUUCCAAGAUAUUAAAUGGGAUUCAUAUGGUAACAUUGAAUCUUGCAAAAUGCAUGAUCUAGUGCAUGAUCUUACAUUACUUGUUUCAAAAGGUGAGACCUUGGUUUGGGAUGCUAGUUGCAAUUUUGAUGUUCAGAAUUGUAGUACUAUUCGACAUUUGAGAGUCGAGUCCAAUGGAGAGGGUCUUCCAACCAUUCCAAGAAGUGUUGCUCAAAGGUUGCAUUCUUUGUUUUCAAAUGUUGAUGUUUUUUGUAGCAUGGCGUCAGAUCUCAAAAGCUUGCGAUCCUUGAAAUUAAAGGGAGGUGGGAAAAAGUUGCCAGCUUCUCUUGGCAAAUUGAAGCAUUUGAGGUACCUUGGCAUCUCAGAAACUUAUGUCAGAACAGUACCAAAAUCCUUCUCCGAGCUCUAUAAUUUGCAGACUUCAAAAUUUGUCAACUGCUAUGAGCUUGAAAAGCUUCCCAAUGGCAUGGCAAAUCUCAUCAACUUGAGGCAUAUCUAUUCUAGUCGUCCAAGGGAUAUAUCUAUCAUGCAAUUAACUUCCCUUCGAACAUUAUCACACUUUGCUGUGGGCACAAAAAAGGGAUGCCAGAUUGAACACCUUGGAUGGUUAAGCCAACUUGAAGGAAAACUAGAGAUUUCAAAGCUUGAAUAUGUAAGAUCCAAAUUAGAAGCCUCUAAAGCAAACUUGAAAGAAAAGACAAAAUUGCAUCAAUUGAAAUUAUGCUGGAGUUAUGAAAGAGCAGUCAACAACAACAACGAUGAAGGGGUUCUAGAAUGCUUUCAACCUCAUUCAAAUUUGAAAAGCCUCACUAUUGAUGGUUACAAAGGAAAGAUGUUCCCAUCUUGGAUGGUGAAUGAUGUCAAUAGUUCUGGUUCUUCAUUCCUUCUUGGCAACAUGGUGGAGUUGGAGUUAAUUAAUUGCUAUGAGUGCACGUGUAUUCCGAGUUUGGGACUAAUGCCUUGUCUCAAGGUUCUUUACAUUGCAAGCAUGGCAAAUGUUAGAAGAAUGGGUCACGAGCUUCAGCCCAAUGGAGCAGAAUCAAUCAGAUUGUUCCCAGCUUUGGAAAAACUCACCGUGCAUGGCAUGAAAAGGCUAGAGGAAUGGGUUGAAGUUGUUGAGGAUGCAGUUGCAGGGAGCCAAGGUGUGAUCGCGUUUCCUUGCCUUGAGGAGUUGCUGAUUUCUGGUUGUCCCUUGUUGGAGACUUGGUCGAUGGGUGGAUUUUCAUCUCAUCACAAGCUCUCAGAGUUGCGGAUAGAAUGGUGUUCGAAACUGAUGGCUAUCCCUGGUGUAAAUGGGCUCUCAACUCUUAAAAAGUUAGAGCUCAAGGGCUGUAAUGGAUUAGGAAGUCUGCCAAUUGGGCUUGGAUCCUGCAUCUCUCUUCAGUUCUUGCGAAUUGAAAGUUGCAAAAAUCUGAAUUCCGCUCUAAGUAUGAAUGGACUCACAUCUCUUGAAGGCCUCUACCUUUUUCGUUGCGAUGGAUUAACUUGUCUUCCAAUUGGGCUGGACUCAUGCAUUUCAUUUCAGGCAUUGAAAAUUGAAUUUUGCCCUAAUUUAAUUUCCAUUGCAGAAGAUAUCAGGAAAUUGCGUUCUCUCAGUUUUCUUACAAUCAGAGACUGUAAAAAUCUAAGGAGCAUUUCAGAGGAGUGGCUAGAGAGCCUCACACGCUUGAAGAAGUUACUCCUUGGUCCUUUCUGGUCGGAGUUGCAGGAAUUCCCAGGAUUGACCUCCAUUUAUCAGUCCCACGCCUUGCUUGAAGUAUUGAUCUUGUUCGGAUGGGAUAAACUAAAGUCUCUGCCACAUCAGCUUCGACAUCUCACUGCCCUCAAGCAAUUGAGGUUACAGGACUUCAAUGGUCUGGAAGCUUUGCCAGAGUGUUUGGGAGACCUCUCUUCUCUUCACAGGCUGGAGAUUUGGAAUUGCUCUAAUUUGACUCAUCUGCCUUCUAUUGAAGCCAUGCGACGCCUCUCCAACUUACAGUAUCUUCGCAUUUUGGAUUGUCCCAAAUUGAAGAAAAGAUGCGCCAAAAAGAGGGGCCGCGAAUGGUCCAAGAUCUCCCACAUUCCCAAUAUUGAAAUCCAUGACAAAGACGUGCAGGGGAAAUACGAAUAUUUCAAUGAUUGGUUCUAAAUAUUUAUGCGAAUCUGCUCAGGCCUCAGGGUUCCUCUAAAGCUAGUGAGUUCCUGAAUUCCUUUCUGCUAUCCUUUUAUUCAUUUUUAUUUUCAUUCCAAUUCCAUAGCUAUGUUUUUUUUUACCAAUAGGUCCUUUGUUAUUUUCAUAAUUCUUAGGCAUCAAUCACUCGAGUAGCCAUGGCCUAAUUGUGAACUAAUGCAUAAUCAGAUGCUUAGAUUAGCCAACUGUAAAUUUCUAAUGGAGUAGAAGACUAGCAAGACUAACAAUCAAAAGCUAUCAUUUUUGAGGCAAUCUAAUUUUCUCGCUCUAAAACUUAAAAAAUAUCAUGAUGACUGGAGGGAAUUUUCACACUGGGGAGCCAAUCAGAUGAGUAGUCCUCUCUUUGAGUUGUUGAGGCUCAUAAACAGAUUUAGCUAUUCUACAGACACGUAGUUUUUGAAUUAUGACCACAUUUUGAGGUGCAAGUUUGCUGGUUUAUAGACAUCUGUCUUGCUGAUCAAAGUCUUGAGCUGUCUCAGAUUGUCAGUUUAAGUGGACUGCCUUGCAAAGGCUCUUGUGGUUUUAUGGUAGAAUAUCUCAUUCAAUUGCCAACAAACAAGGAAGAUGGUUUGAAUCUAAAACAUAUUAUACCUGGUUUGAAUAAAUUCUCCGUACAACUUUGACUUUGAUGAUGUAAUAAUGGACAUUCAAUCAACAAAUGGAGUGAAGAGAAGCUGACAAUGAGAUCCCUGUGCACCAAGUGAUUACUCGUAGGAUGGUCUCAAUAGCAUCAAUGUGGUUAUGAUAGAGUUAUAACUUUGGAUUUAUCAAACAAUGGCUUAAUCAGAGAAGUGCAAAACUUCUGUCUCAGCUAGUCUCAUUGAAGAAAAUGAGAUGGGGAAUGCAAUGAAAACAGAAUGAUUGGAGCUGGAAUUCAGGAUAUUUCAGUGUUCAUCAAAGCUGAAAAACAUUUUUGAGAAUGCAUGUAGCAGUUUCAUUUUGAUUCAUGUCUUGAAAAAGAUGCAACAAGAUUAUAUGCUUCACUUUCUAAAAUGCGAGGAGCAGUUGGAGAUAGAGAAUGUGAACAAGAAAAGAAAAAAAUACACCAAAAGAAAAGGUGGUGAUUAUGAAGCAGAAAUUAAACUGUGUUGAUUACACUUCAUUUAUUUUGCUUUGCUUCAUUUCUAAAGAAUAAAAUGAACCCUUGUUCCUUCAGUGCCUCUGUUCUUUGUCUUGGAAAAGCUAUGGCGGAAAUUCACUAAGGCUCAUAAAGUGUCUUCAAGCAGAUGUGUUUCAUUAUCCGAACCUGUACCUGUUUCAUUCUCAUUUGUUCUCAAUUUUCUUCUUGUAUUACUUGUUUUCUCUUUCUUUGUGCUGUUAGUUGAUUAUUUGAAGAUGAUUUUGUAACACUAAAUUGAUAUAGUGGAAUUUUUUUUUAAUGGAUCAGAGGUCCCGUGGCUCUUACUCUCUUCUAUUCGAGGAGUUGCUGUCAUAUAAAUUGUUGUAGCCAAGUUUGCGUUGGGUUUUUUUUUUUCUUCUUCUUCCUCUGCAGUUAUUUGUUGAUCUGAAAAAGGAACUGAUCUCAUAAACCUUUCAAGUUUCACCUGCCAUCUUGAGUCACAUUUCGAAAUAUAGGUCUAAUAACAAUAUUCAUUAUUU